AUGAAAGAUGUAUUUCUUGGAAUGAUGAACCAAUGGUUCAAUGAGUUCAAACAAGCAAAUCUCGUAACUCCACCAUCUCCACCCCCUGUUGUGCCUCCUUCGACACCUUUGAAUGUUCCAAACCCUAUACCUGUGAUGGUUAACCGAAGAGUUUUUGCGGAGUUAUUGUGUACUCCCGAAGUUUGCUUGAGGUGUGCAGUAUCCUUAUUGAAAGAUGAGGCAUAUCUAUGGUGGGAUACUUUGAGCAUGAUGGUAUCGAAUGAUAGAGUUAUCUGGGACUUCUUCCAGAAUAAAUUCAAGAAAAAGUAUGAUAGACGGCUGUUCAUCAACCGGAAAGAGAAAGAGUUUCUUGAGUUAAAACAAGGAAACUGGGAUAUAGCAGAGUAUGAACGUGAGUUUAUACAGUUAAGCAAGUAUGCUCAUAACAUCGUAUCAAAUGAGGAAGAAAUGUGUAUCAAAUUUGAAGAUGGGUUGAAUGAUGAGAUCUGUAUGGCUGUAGCAGCAUUAAAGUUAUGGGAAUUAGUAGAACUUUCAGAGCGGGCUCAGAAGGUUGAAGAGAUUUGUAAAAGCAAACGAUAG